UUUCACUUUUUCAAGGGAUGGAAAAGCCAAAUUAUUCAAACUGUUGAAGAUGUUUGGUUGCUGAUAACGGAAAAAAAGUGCGUGUGGGGUUGGCGGAUCGCUAGAUCAUUCUUGAUUUAACGCUCUACACAUAAAUGUCAACCCCUCCAAACCUAACGUUGUUUCGCAGAUACAAGUAAACAACUAAUAAUCAAACCGCGCAAAACAUCCUCAGAUCAGUUUUCCACCGCCCAAGACUUCCUGCAUGCAUUCAUAUAUAAACCCCUCCAAACCCUCUUCUUCAUAUCAGUUCUGCAGUUCCAUUGAAGCUUUCUCAGUUCUAUAAUCGUCAACAAUGGAAGGGCUAUGCGUUAAACUAUUCUCAUCAAUAAGAAAGCACAGGGUGAAGAAAAAACCGGCAAUGGGAAUCCUUAACAGCUCCGAUGAUGCCAGCCAUGAAGGUAUAAAGACGGUCGGAGUCGACAACCGGUGCGAAUUCUCCGGCAGAUCGGAUCUCUGCAUGUGCAUCAUUACUUGGAAUAUGAAUGGACAGGUGAGUAUGGAGGACAUAGAAAAACUAGUGGAAGGGAACAGAGAAUUUGAUCUACUAGUGAUUGGUCUGCAAGAGGUUCCUCGGAUUAAUAUUUCCAGAUUGUUGAAGAAUGCCCUUUCUGAUAUUCAUAUGCUAAUAGGAAAAGCAGUGAUGCAAUCUCUGCAGCUCUACAUUUUUGGACCCAAGAAUUUGGCGCCAAACAUCGGAGAGUUAAAAGUGGAUAUGCACAGCAUAGGAGGAUUUGGAGGGUUGAUAAGGAGAAAGAAAGGAGCUGUGGCUAUUAGAGUUAGCUACAAGGGAAUCUCCAUGGUCUUCGUUUCUUGUCAUUUAUCCGCACAUGCACACAAUGUGGAAGAGAGGAAUUUGGAAUUGAAGAAGAUAUCAGACUCCCUCUUCUCCAAGAAUUGGAACCCAUAUGCAAGGCCUGCCAAAGUUACAGUAUGGUUGGGAGACCUAAACUAUAGAUUGCAAGGAAUCAAGACUUAUCCUGCUAGAGAUUUGAUUCACGGAGACCUUCACAAAAUGCUAACUAGCAGAGACCAAUUAUUACAAGAGGCUGAAAGAGGGGAGAUUUUCAAUGGAUAUUAUGAAGGGGCAUUGGCUUUCAAACCUACUUACAAAUAUGAUAUUGGCAGCAGCAGCUAUGAUACCAGUCACAAGGUUAGAGUACCAUCAUGGACCGACAGAAUAUUGUUCAAGAUACACAGCAGUGACAUAAAUGCGACUUUGCAUUCAUAUGAAUCCAUAGACAAUAUCCACAGCUCUGAUCACAGGCCAGUUAAAGCUCAUCUUUGCUUAACACUGAACAGUAGUUCAGUAUCUACAAACCAGCAAGAAAGCUCACAAUAAUUCAACUCCAAAAAAGCACUACUUUUUGGUUAUGUAAAUUCAUGAUUGGAAAAGGAGUCUAAGGUGCCAAUCAAUACCGUGUUAGUUUGCAUCGAGUAUAGUUAAUGGUACAACGUACAACUUGUGCAAUUAAAAAAAAAAAAAAAUUGGUUAAGUUUGGUGCGAGUUGGUAUGGUGCUGAUCGACACCUUGUAUGCUUCCCUUUUGCUUAGAUUGGCCAUGACCCAAGUGUUAUUUUUGUCACUA